AUGAUGCUGACAGCUUUAAAUCCGUAUGGAACGAACGCUGGCGGCUCUUCCUCUGCCGCCGGCGGUUCUGUCAACAACCACCAUUUCCAGAUUGAAGAUGUGACUGAUGAUCCAGAGUAUUCCAACUAUGGAAAUGAGAAUGAUGAACCUGAAGAAGGUGCACUUGUUGAGUACUGUCGAUUGGAUACACGCAAUCCCACAACCCCACCAAGAAUUUGCGAAGCUUCAACCGUUGUUUCAGCUCGCUGCAUCAAUCCUCCAUUGAAUCGUUCCUUAUUAAUGUCACAGCCACGUGCUGUACAUGUCAUUGAUGUAGAUGAUGGAGCUCCAAGAGCUGAUGGAGGAUCGUGCCGGGGCGGAUGGACACAACAUCCAUGGAGAAAGGUGUGCGUUCACUGCAAAUGUGACAGAGCUGAUCACGAAUUACCUCCCAAUCAAGUAGUUAAUAUAUACGAACGGCUAGGAAUCAAGCCUCCACCAAAUAUGCCUGUAAGUACUGCAGUUCGUGAUGAUUCACCUGGUUCUGUUAGUCACGGAUAUGCAUGGGUUCCACCCGGCUUAAAUCGCAAAAAAGUUGAGGAUUAUAUGUCACAGUUACCAAAUCAUGUGGUUCCCCGACUCAACUCAUCCGGGGAGAAGUACCGUGAGAAACAAUUAAUUAAUCAGCUGCCACGUCAUGAUUUCUCUGUCGCUUACUGCCGUCAUUUGGGUACAACACCUGAGAAAAAGGUUUACGAAGAAUUUAUCAACGCUCGCAAUGAAAUCGCCUUGGAUAUUGGAUAUGUUGCUGCAAGUGCUUCAAAAGCCAUGGAAUGUCACAAAUGCCGCGGAGUUUUACCAAAGAACGAAAUGGCCGUUAUUGCACCGAAGUUCGGAGAUUCUACUGGUUGGCAUCCAGCUUGCUUUACCUGUGCCACAUGUGAACAACUUCUGGUGGAUUUAACUUAUUGUAUCAAAGAUAAUGAGAUUUAUUGCGAAAGGCAUUAUGCUGAGUUACAUAAGCCACGUUGUGCAGCUUGUGAUGAGCUAAUUUUUGCCGGUGAAUAUACAAAAGCCAUGAAUAAGGACUGGCACAGUGAUCAUUUUUGUUGUUGGCAAUGUGACCAGACAUUAACCGGACAAAGAUAUAUAAUGAGAGAAGAGCAACCAUAUUGCAUCAAAUGUUAUGAAGAUGUUUUUGCUAAUCAAUGUGAUGAAUGUGCAAAACCAAUUGGAAUCGAUUCAAAGGAUUUAUCAUAUAAAGAUAAGCAUUGGCAUGAGCAAUGUUUCUUAUGUAAUAUGUGUAAAAUAUCAUUAGUUGAUAUGCCGUUUGGAAGUAAAAACGAUCGGAUCUUCUGUUCCAACUGCUACGAUCAAGCUUUCGCAACAAGAUGUGAUGGAUGUAACGAAAUAUUCCGAGCUGGUAUGAAAAAGAUGGAGUAUAAGGGUAAACAAUGGCAUGACAAAUGUUUCUGCUGUGCUUUAUGUAAAAAUCCCAUUGGAACCAAAUCGUUUAUUCCAAAAAAUGAAGAUGUGUAUUGUGGAGCUUGUUAUGAAGAAAAGUUCGCUACACGAUGUAAUAAAUGUAAAAAGGUCAUAACAACUGGAGGAGUAACUUACAAGAAUGAACCAUGGCAUCGUGAAUGCUUCUGUUGCACUCAUUGCAACUCAAGUUUAGCUGGACAACGUUUUACCAGUAAAGAUGAAAAACCAUAUUGUGCCAAUUGUUAUGGAGAGUUAUUUGCUAAGAGAUGUAAUGCUUGUACGAAGCCAAUCACUGGAAUUGGUGGAGCUAAAUUCAUUUCUUUUGAAGAUAGACAUUGGCAUAAUGACUGUUUCAUGUGCGCUCAGUGUACAACUUCAUUGGUUGGAAAAGGCUUUAUAACAGAUGGAACUGACAUAUUAUGUCCUGAAUGUGCAAAAGCUCGUCUGAUGGCCGCUAAUUCAUGA